ACAGCAGCAUCGUCGUCAUUCAUCAACAGUAGACGGACACUCUCACUCUCAUCAUUACCCCACACCCACCACCACCAACAUGUCUUGGCAGGGAUACAUCGACAACCAGCUCCUGGGCACAAAGUCCAUCACACAAGCCGCCAUCCUCGGUCUAAAGGGAGGCGUAUGGGCUUCUUCUCCCGGAUUCACCGUAUCACCUCAGGAGCAGGCCUCACUCACAAAGGGAUUCGAUGACCCUUUGCCACUUCAGAGUGGAGGACUGCACGUGGCGGGAAAGAAGUACUUUUGUCUGCAGGCAAAUGAUAGGAGCAUCUAUGGAAAGGCUGGUGCCGACGGCGUCGUCCUCGUCAAGACCAACCAAGCAGUCCUGGUAGGCCAAUACUCCUCGCCCAUUCUGCCCGGUGAAGCGACAAAGGUGGUGGAGAAUUUGGCAGAUUACCUCUUGGGUGUUGGAUACUGAGCAAGUAGUAUAGCUAGAGGGAUAGAGCAUGGCAUCAGAAUCCGACAAGAUCAUGUCGCUUCACAUCGAAGCCUCUCUUUUCGCCUGCAAUUGACCAAAAGAGUGAGAUGUCAAAUGGGGGUCGUGGAAGCUGGCGUGCGUUACAGCGACGUUCAUGGUAUAGUGGUUGGGAAUGCGGGUAUCAUACAACAGGAUGGAGUGACGCUUGAUGCGAUAUCAGGUCUUGUGCCUCUUACGGACGACUGUGCUCAGCAGAUCUUCCUGUGUCUCAGAAUCAUCACUGUCAUCCGCAUCCGAGCCAGGGGCUUCCUCUUGAACCUUC